GUCCAGUCCAGUCCUGGCUCCGAUCCGUGUCGGAGGCGGCGCUGCUCCCCCUGCCGGCGAGAGCGAGCCACUGCGGCUCCCACCUCCUCGCCGCUCCGGCGCUGUCCGCCCUUUGUGGUGCUUCCUUCCAUUCGUCCAUUCAUUCCUUGCUUGCUUCUUUCCCGGUCCGGCCAGGGAGGGAUGCGUCCUUGGCGGGGCUCGGCAUGGCCAUGGGCGGGGGCCGCGAGCUGGUGGGCGCGCUGAGCCUCUGCCUGGGCGUGGGCUCCCUGGCGCUGCUCUCCACCGCCAUCUUCACCGAGCACUGGUACGAGACCGACCCGCGGCGGCACCGGGAGGGCUGUCGGGGCGAGGAGGAGGAGAGGAAGGGCGCGCCCCACCGCCCGGCCCCGCCGCCCCGCCGCCGCCUCCUCCCGCUGCCCCACCUGCCCUUGCGGGGCGCGCCCCCGACCCCCUCCGCCUCCUCCGCUUCCCCUCCUGGAGGGCUCUUCCUCUGGGAGACCCGGGCCUCCUGCGCCCGCCCGCUCUUCGCCACCCACGCCGGGCUCUGGAGGAGGUGCUACGUCCUGGGGGUCGACAGGGACCUCGACAGCCUGGUGGAAAGAGGUAUUGCUCAAAGAUGCACAGCAAUCAAAUACCACUUUUCUCCACCAAUACGCUUACGAAACGUCCCAUUCAAUUUAACCAAAAUCAUCCAGCAAGAUGAAUGGCACCUGCUACAUUUAAGAAGAAUCACAGCAGGUUUCCUGGGGAUGGCAGCAGCUGUUCUUCUCUGUGGGUGCAUUGUGACUGCAGUCAGUUUCUUUUGGGAGGAAAGCCUCACGCAGCAUGUUGCUGGUCUUCUUUUCCUCAUGUCAGGCAUCUUUUGCACUAUUUCUCUCUGCACAUAUGCAGCCAGUGUCUCCUAUGACCUAAAUCGCCUACCCAAGUUCAUCUAUGGUCUUCCUGAUGACGUUGAACACGGAUACAGCUGGUCUAUAUUCUGUGCUUGGUGCAGUUUGGGACUCAUCGUGGCAGCAGGGUGUCUUUGCACCACUUAUCCAUUCCUUAGCAGGACAAAGAUUAGCCAUCUCAAGUCUACCAGAGACUCUUCUGUAUGACUGCUGAUUUUGGAAUAAUCUGUUUUCUUGUGAGGCAGCAGGUCUUCAAGGAUUCAUAAGGGACUUAAUUUCAGAAUCCAAGCACAAAAAAGAAACCUUGAUCCCUUAAAAUGCCAAAUGUUGUGUCUUACUAGCCAGGAAACACAGAGGAAUUCUCUACCUACAGAGUGGCAGAGAAACAGAACAUGCAGGAGACCAAAAUCCUUGUGGAACUGACUGCUGCAGUUCAGCACAACGUAUAUGCACAACAUCAAAGUCAGAUAAAAACACUGUGUCGAUUAUUUAGGGCUGUUUUUAUUUAGCAGAGCUUUGAACAUAAGGUGACAAACAACAAAAACCAUAACUGCCAAAACCUCCCAAAGUUGCAAGAAUAGUUCUUAGUUAUCCUCAGUUAGUCUUACUUGCAUCUGAAUUUAUGAUUUUUUUUGUAUGGGAAACCCUUGGGUGAGUUCCAGUGUUAUAAGUGGAUGAAUAAUUCCCUUCAGAAACAAUGCAGGAAAAGGACCUGAUAAUUUUCAGAAUUGGCCAUUCCCUGUAUUGGAGAAAGUUAAACAUUACUGAUCUGCCUAUUCAGUAAUGGCAAAAUUUCCUGUUACGUAUUCCCCAAUACCUUUUUGUAUCUCCUACGGAACUAAAUGCCAUGUAUAAACCAAGAUUAACUGUAUGAAAUGGAUUAUAGGGCACUAGUUAGUAUCUUGUUGGAAGUAACAUCUGUUGUACAACCUCAACCUCAUUAUAGCUAGAAGAAAAUUAGUUGCAGAUCAUCUCCCUCUCUUAAUAGUGUCUGUAUUAUCGCUGAGCAAAUAAAAGACCUGGAUAUGGAGUCUUCUUGAACAAUGAUGUAAAUUUAAAACAAAAAACAAAAAAUACAACCAUGAGUUAAAAACA